UCGUUCACAUAGAUUGGGGUCUGGCCUUCAGCAAUGCUUAAGGCCUAUCGCAUAAACCAAUACAAUCCUUGGCGUUAGGCAAUUUUCCUACAAACGCCGUUCCCGAAGCCACUUCUCCAUGGCUCGGAAGAAGACGGCAAGCACAAUGGUCGCGGCAGCCCUGCGCAAAGUCUGCGAUGCACUGGAGCAGGUUUUCACCAAAUUCUCUAUGGACACGUUCAAGGGCCUACGUGUUAAGCAACUCCCGGCCGUUGUGCUUGUCGUUGCGUCCCCGACGUCCUCGGAGAUCGAGUGCCACGAUUGGGGCUGGAUGAGCGAUCGUCGGCUUAUGCCACACGUCGAGCACUUGCUGAAGAACGCGUACGCUGUGAGGCAGCUGCAGGCACCUGCACCGCAGGUCCGAGUCAAAGCUCGGAAACAGCAAUCAGACGACAUCCAGCGUCCCGAGGCGGAAUCUUACUUCGUAAGGAAUCUAGGGCGAUUGGCCUGGCAGAUGGUCCUAGAGCCCGCCCUGCAGAACACGUUCGGCACUGCGGCGCAGUACGUGCCGCAUAUGUGCAAUAAGGGGGUCACCAAGGACCUGUCAGCCAGGCAGAUUGGAAGCUGGGCGCCUACUGUGGAUCUACGGAAGGAACUGUGCUUGCAGCUGAUUGCAUGGGCAGAGUCACGUGACGAGCGGUAUGCCGCCAAGGUGGCAGAGCUGCGAGCCACGAGGGAGGAACUGACGCGGAGUUUUGAGGAAGGGAAGCAGGAAGGGAAGCAGGCAGCCAAGCGGGCAGGGGCACGCAGCAUGGCAGCUGAUUUGCUGGAUGGGGACCUCAGUGAUGCAGAGGGCCUUGAGGAGGAUGUGGUCGACGUGGGCGGCAGAAACGGGCAGACCUGCCACAGAGCAGGGACAUCGGCGGUCGACCAGCAGCAGCUGCAGUGUGCCUUUGAGCGUUUCAACACGCGGAAAAAGAAAGAAGGCAUGUCCGAACUGAGGGCUGCGCUAGCGGAGAUGGGUGUGAGGCUGAGCCGGAAGGAGUUGGGUGCAGCACUCAAGACUGCAGGGUUAUCAUGGGGCCAGCCGACACCGCAGCAGAUGACUGAGGCCUUUCAGCAGUUCGAUCAGCUUCGUGAGAUGUUCGGUGAGGAGGAAGCCAUUGGCAUGGUAACCGGCAUGGCUGGCUUCAAGACAACAGUCGCGACACGCAAGAAGCUUGUUGAUGCUGGGCUAUUGGAGGCACGCAAGCGUGGUCGGCCUGGAUGGGGGCUGAGGUCUGGUCAUGCAGUCAGCGCCGUCAGCACUGAUGAUGACGGGGCAUCGUAUUCGAGCACAGGAGAGGACGGGGCUGGAAGCACUUGCAGCAGUCAGAGUGGUGGCGCCGAUGACCUGGACCCUGAUGCACCCUGUGUGGUGGCAGAAGCGGUGGCGGCAGAAACAGUGGCGGCCAAGGUGGCGGCGGCCAAGGUGGCGGCGGCCAAAGUGGCGGCGGCCAAAGCAGCGGCAGCCAAAGUGGCGACGGGCAAAGUGGCGACGGGCAAAAUGGUGGCGGCCAAAGUGGCGAUGGGCAAAAUGGUGGCGGCGGCCAAAGUGGCGGCGGCCAAAGUGGCAGCGGCCAAGCGGGCGGCGGCCAAAGUGGCGGCGGCCAAGCAGGCAGCGGCCAAAGUGGCGGCGGCCAGGCAGGCGGCAGCGGCGGUGAUGGGACUUUGAGAAGUGAGAUGACACGGCUUCUGCUGCCCACUCACACCGUGCUGGGCCCUGGUGGCAAUGGAAUGAUGUGGUCGCUGCCGCAUAUCCAUGCCGUGUUGGGUCUUGGUGCGAGUGGUGGAAGUCACCGCGGCAGAAGCAGUGGUGGUGUAAGUGGCUGCUGUGGAAGUGGUGGUGGUGGAAGCGGUGGCGACGGUAGCAGUGGUGGCAGAAGAAGUGGUGUUGGAAGAAGUGGAAGCGGUAUCGGCAGUGGCAAUGGGGCCUUAGGAGGCGAGCUACCGCAGCUGCAGCCGCACCUGCAUGCUAUGUUCAGCCCUAACAGCAGCAGUGGUGGGGGGAUGGGAGGCGGUGGAGCAGGUGGAAGGGGCGGCAUUGGUGGGACUUUAUGGGGUGAGCAGGUGCAAGUGCCAUGCAUGCUUAGUGCAUGCAACGGUGGUGAUGGGGCCUCAGGAGCCCAGACGGCCCAGUUGCCGCCGUCUAUGCAUGCCAUAUUUGGCUCAAAUACCCGAGGGGGAAGCAGCAGCAGUGGUGCCGGUAGAGGACGAUUGGGCAAUGGCGGGAAACGGGCCGCAUCUGAUCAGGGACGAGGGAGGGCGAAUAAGGGUGGCAGGCUUGCAGCAAUCCUGGAGUCACUAAAAUUAACGGAAGAUGCAGUGUUGGUUUCACUGCACUGCGGCAACGAGAUUGGUAUGACACAGGUUCCAACGUUGGGAUACUGACACCAUGUCCGUGGCGGCAGAACAUUGAGCCCGUGCUGAAAAGUCAUUGCAGGGGACGCGGCCACCCUAGGAUAUAACCGAAUUGCAUUGGUAUUCUAAUGUCAUGAAGGUCGUUGUGUCAAAUUUUCAGGGCGAUUGGAGGGGGUCGACUUCGGAGGUACCGGGUUUCGCAUGGCAUUUGGAUUCUCGAGUGUGGCCAGAAGGGGAGGUUCGAAGAGUUGAGGUUGUCCCUUCCAAGCCAAAAUUUCUGUUUGUAACCUUUGUUGCUGAUUGAAAAGGCCUGUAUAAAAUUUUCAGGACGCGGGCUGCUUGGCAGAAAUCCAUGUCGAGAUAUGUCGCCAUGUCCGUAUGCCAUGGCCAAGGUCGACCGUUGACACUCAACUCUGACACUAGUCAAGUUAGACAUUGAAAACGAAAUGACGCCC